AUGGAGGACUUCGCUGGCAUGUUGACUCCUUCAGACUCACCCUCUACAUUCCGCUUCUACCCAAUUACUCCUCCCCUCAGCUCCGCCCCCUCAGAGACAGACCUCACCCUCAAAGUCUGUACUGAUGUCGCUCCCCACGAUAUCCCCGUAGUAGCAGUCGUCGGAGUCGGCUAUGUCGGAAAACAUCUCGUCAGCUCUUUUUCUUCCAAGUAUCAAGUCAUCGGCUUUGAUGUUUCCGAGAGGCGCAUUCAAGAUCUGCGACAGGAGUUCAAGCUCAAUGAGAACGUUACCUUCUCACGAACUCAGAACGAUCUUAUCGCUGCUACGCACUUUCUCAUCUCGGUGCCUACACUGUUGCGACCUGACAAGUCCAUCGAUUCUUCGUAUCUUUGUGAUGCUCUCAAGAUGGUUGGUCAGAUUGCUCGUCGGGGCUCGACUAUUGUGAUUGAGAGCUCUGUUGCCGUUGGUAUGACCCGUGAGUUGGUCGGACCUAUCGCCAAGAAGCUUGGUCUUUUUGCUGGCAUGUCUCCAGAGCGCGUUGACCCAGGCCGUACCGAUCCACCUGUCAAAUCGAUCCCCAAGAUCAUAUCAGGUCUUGAAGACAUCCUCCCCGGCUCCCUCGAUGCCAUCGACCGUAUAUACUCCACCAUUUUCGAUAAUGUCGUCACCGUCUCUAAACCUGAAGUCGCUGAGAUGAUGAAGCUGUACGAGAACUGUCAACGGAUGGUCUGCAUCGCGUACGCCAAUGAAAUGGCCGAUGCGUGUAUCCCUCACGGUAUCGAUCCCUACGAGGUCUGUUCUGCAGCAUCUACCAAGCCAUUUGGCUACAUGCCCUAUGCACCCGGUGUCGGUGUCGGCGGACACUGCAUCCCCGUCAACCCCUACUAUCUCCUUUCCAACAGUUCGUUCCCGCUGCUCGAAGCCUGUUCAUCAGCCAUGAGUGACAGACCGGCCAAGCUUGCCCAACGUCUCAUCGACUCACUGCCCGCUACCGAUCGUCGCUCACGUGUGCUCGUCGUGGGUCUUGGUUUCAAGCCGGGCCAGUCUCAGCUUGACAAUUCACCUGGUGUCGCGCUUGUUCGAAAUUUGGCUGUUUCGGGUGCUCAGAUUGACCUCACUUGGGCUGAUGCUCUGGUCAAGCAGGAAGCUGUGCCUCAGGUUCCCCGUCUUGAUGAGUGUAACUGGUACAAGGACUUCUUGGAGUCAUUUGACCUCAUUGUCGUGGCUAUGAAACAGCACAACAUGGACUUUUCUCUGCUAGCAGAAUUGGAGGGCGUUCGCGUUGAGAGCUGGUGCAAGUGA